GCGGCGGCGCCUGAUGAUCGCGUCAAUGCCCUGGAGAAAACGCCCGCUCAAGGCCGGGGUCUGGCUUUCUUGCAGCGUAACAGCGCCUUGGAGGGCUACGAUGCGACCAUGGGCUAUAACGGGCAGGUGAUUUACUUUUCUGCGAAUAUGACCUUGGUAAAGCAAGUCGCUGAGCAGCCUGAGGGGCCGAGCCGCCGUACUUUUUUGCAACUGGGCGGUGGGGCACUGGGCUUGGGGCUGUUCAGUGCUCCGGCCCGAGCCUUGCAGGCAGAUGACACAUUCGACACGGUCCAAACAGAUGGCGAGCUACUUACCUCUGCCCAAGCGCAAGCGUUUCGACAAUGGUUUUCGCUGAUCGUGGCGCAGCAGUUUCGCCGCGGACCUACGCCACGUUGGCUUCAACGCGAUUGCGCGGGUUUGGUACGUUUUGCCUGUAGCCAGGCUUUGCGCCGUCAUGAUGAGUCUUGGCUCAAGGCCAAUGGUUUCUGGGGGCGACCUACUCCCCCUGAAGUUGGGCUACAAAAAAAACAGAUGAAAUGGGGCCAACUUUGGCAACGGGUGGAUGGCUCGCAGGGCAAUUGGGUCGGAGCCCUGGAGUUGGUGCAGGCCAAUACCCACUGGGUGGGCAAGGAGCUGAACCGAGCGUUGACGGCUGAUCUUUUGUUUUUUGAUCAAGGGGAUGCGCAACACCUGAUGAUCUGGAUGGGAAACUACAUUGCCUAUCAUAAUGGUAGCCACAGUGCG